UUAUUUGAAGCCAACUGCCACACCCAAGUUGUAUAGUAGAAGCCUUACCAGUCGUUCUAUAUUCAUGCCUAGAAGUUAACCUACCUACCUGCAUUGCUACAACAUAUACUAUCAUCAUGUCAACCUUCAACCCUUUCCGAUCAAAGCGACUCGCUUACCGAGCCAUUGAAGAUACACCAGAAGACGACGAUUUUAUUCAUUCCAUCCAGUCGGAUCCACUCUCUUAUGCGACCUCAAACUCAACGUUGCUGAAACCACAAACGAAGCAAGAUACAUUGAAUGGCUACAAGAAACAUCUGGUUAAGGACAGCCUGCUAGCAGUCAUUAUCUUACUGCCGAAUGAUAAGGCACAGGAUGGGCCCCGGGAAAAAGAAGAGCGCAACACAAGCAGAGCCGCCAUUGGUCAGGAUGCCUGGACUUCAGUCGGGAUUAUUGCUCUCAAAAAGGGCGAACCAGGACACAGCCAUCAUCGCAAUAGCGAAGUUAGCAUUGAUAUUGCCAAGCCCUAUCAGAAUUGUGGUUUCGGGAGCGAAGCGAUUGAAUGGGUACUAGACUGGGGCUUCCGAAAAGCUGGGUUGCACCGUAUCGCAGUUCUGUCUUUCUCUUAUAACUUGGGCGCAUCGCGUCUCUAUGAACGCUUGGGUUUCCAGUUGGAAGGGCGGCAAAGGGAGGCUAUCUGGUACGAUGGAGAGUGGCAUGAUAUGUUAACCUUCGGUAUACUGGCACGGGAAUGGAGGGAUAAUGGUCAUAGGAAGCUGAAGGAAGUGUCGAGUAAAUGAUAUAGGACUAGGUGUAAAGAAAAGAUAUCUCUAAUGCUAUAGAUAAGAAUUUCUUCCUCUUAAAAAUUUCUCAGAUACUUGACAUAGUGGUAAGUAAUGAAUUAGGG